AUAUCACCACGCGUUCAUGAAAUCGCAAGGCUGGCAAGCAUUGAUUGCUUGCUCGUCCCAAAAGUCAGCCAUGGACCGUGCACAGGUGAGACCAUUGAUCUCUACUACAAAACUAAGACCAGCAUAUAUUAGUUAAUGUCUAUGUCAGUUACUCUGAAGUAUUAGUCAGAGACAACCGGUUCCAAGUGUUGUGUUUCAUAAUCAAGAACUGGAGGGUCGCAUAUACAUCACCCCAUGCUUGCUUCCCCUUCAAUAUAAUAACUAAAAAAAAGGCAUCUGAUGCUUCUUAUGUGUUAUGAAAAUAGCUGAUGCCAAUGGUGGCGCCAUUUGCAUCUUUCUAUAGUCCCAGAUUGGAUGUGAUGUUGUGGUUUAUAAAACAGAGGGAGAUGUGAUGUGAUGCGACUAUGGUUUGGCUAGCUAGGUUGAGACAUCCAGUAGGGCACAAAGAAAGUUUGGAUCAACUGGAGAGUGCGCGGUCCGAAUCCGGUCGAUAUUGACAGGGGAUGCUCAUCGGAACGAUCCAGUUCGUAUAGCAACUUCAUUUGGACCGAGCCUAGUAGGAAUCAAAUCCACAAAUUUCGUAAGGUAUCUACACAACAUCAAUCACAUGUUCUUCAUACGAUUGUCAUCAAUUCUUGGAGCCGCACUCACGUGGAUCCACACGCAUCUCUGAUGCAAUGUAGGAGUACUGUACACGCGUGUGUCUACCCUGUAAUCACAACUUGGGACAUGCACCUGUCAAGUGCCCGGUCAUCACCAGCCACCCACCUAUGGGCUCGUCUCUCACAAUGGUACAGAAGAAAAAAAAUACCAUACUCGUAUUAUACCCCUAUUUUGUACAAUUAUUAUCGCGUUGAAUAGUACUCCGUACUAGUACUCAUAGAAAGCAAAAUAAAGACCAUAUUUCUGCAAAUCAGAUCAUUCGCUCGCUCUCUCCCCCUCUCUCUAUAUAUAAGCACCCCCCUGAAUCGCGAGCCGCAUCUCUUCUCUUCUCCCCGCGUCCAUCUCUGGUUCGAAUUAGAAGAAAGCUAGUAGUAUUAACAGUGUAAUUAGCGAGGGGGUAGAGGGGCUUAACCAGCGGCGCAUGAGCCGAAUGGGCAGCAACGGCGGCGGCAAGCUGGCAAGCUGGCUGUGGCACGCGCCGCGGCGGGCUCUGGGCCGCGCGCGCGACCUCUACGUGCGGAGCCUCACCAGCUGCGCGGGCCAAUUCCCGUCCGACGCCUCCUUCGGCUACCCGUCCUUCGCCGCCGCGCCUGCACCGUGCAGUAGGGCCGCCGGCUACCACAGCUUCUCCGCCUCCCCCUCAUCCUCCUCGCGGUCCUACGACGGCGACGACGACCUGCGGGAGCUCAUGCGCGCCGCGUCGGAGAGACGGGCGGCCCCGGAGCGGCCGCCGGCGGUGCCCAGGAGCCGGAGCGUGGCCAUGUUGAAGAUCGACGAGGACGGCCCGUGCGACUUUGGUCUCGCCGGCGCCGGCGUGCCGUUUGCCAGGAGCCGGAGCUGCGCCGUCUCCGCCGGCCGGGCCAGUGGGCAGAGGGGGAGGGCCGCGCAUGUGCCUGUGGCUUGAUCGAUUGUUGCACUGGGAAGCUUGCCUCGUGUCCAGCCUUCCUCUAUUUUCCCCCUUCGACUUCGAGUGCAGAAAUCCGCAAUCGUGCUGUAAAUCUAGUUAAGAAAGCUACAAGAGUAUGCCUUGUGCUGUGUUAA